CCUAGCGUCGAGGAUGCGGUAUAUGAUAAACAUUUAAAAGAACUGCGGGAGUUAGAAAUUAAAUAUAAUUUUAUUCUUCCUGAUUCGCCAACUCAAAAAGCAGGCCAUCCUGCCAGCCCCAAAUUCCGCCCAGUGGUUCGUCAAAAUCCCAUGCUGAGUUUAGACAGUGUUGAUAACUAUGAGGAUUUAUUAAAGUUUGAUGAAAGAGUAAAAAAGAUAUUAAAAACAGAAGAGGAAAUUGAAUAUAUUUGUGAAUGGAAAAUUGAUGGACUAUCAAUUAGUUUAAUCUAUCAUAAUCAUCAGUUAGUUCAAAUCAGCACUCGCGGUAACGGAACGAUUGGUGAAGAUAUAACCUUUAAUAAAGGGUUAAUAAAAAAUGUUCCUUUUUCUUUGAAAGAAGUUGCUAAUUGUGAAGUACGGGGGGAAGUUUACAUGAAAAAGGAAGAAUUUCAUCGUUUGAAUGAGGAAUUAAAGAAGUCUGGUAAUAAAUUACUGGCUAAUCCUCGUAAUGCGGCUUCAGGUAGUUUACGAACGCUGAUUCCUUUACAAAAUAGAAGUUUACAUUUUUUUGCUUAUCAAUUAUUCAAUAGCGAUUUGUCAAGCCAAUUUUCUUGUCUACAAGAAUUAGAAAGUUUUGGAUUUUCGGUGAGUCCUGAUUAUCAAGUAUUCAAAAAUAUUGAAAAAGUGGGAAAGUUUAUUCAAAAACAAGCAAAAAAGCGGCAAAAAUUAGAUUUUGAAAGCGAUGGCAUUGUGGUUAAAGUGAAUGAUUAUGAGAAUUACGAAAAACUAGGUCAAACGAGCCGCUUUCCCCGUUGA